CUCUCCUUACCUAGCAGCAACAGCUGCUGCUUCCGGGAGAGACGCUGCGGCGCGGGGCCCAAUUUCGGGGGAAUCGGGCAAAUAGGCCUAAAGCCGGCCCUGCUGAGACUGUCCCCCCGGCUCCAACCACUAGACCCCACUCCCCUCCCAGAGCUGGGGAGAGAACCCAGGAGUCCUGGCUCCUUGCCCCCCUUGCCAAGGCCUUUGCUGAUUGUGGUUAAUGAUUGACCCAAAGGUUGCUCCUGAGAGAGCUGAGAUCCUCCCCCGCCCGCCCCGGGAGCAACAGGGCUCAGGGGCUUUGCAGACCCAGCUGGACCCAGAUGCCUGCCCCCCAGGAUUACCCCGAGCUGAUCCAGCAGCACCGGCAGGCCCUGCUUCGCUGGAUCAAGGGGAACCCCCACGCCCUGCUGCGUCGGCUCCACGACACCGAGGUGCUGAGCCAGGCCGAGUACUUCGCCCUGCUGGAGACGGCCCCCGAGAUGAACCAGGUCAUCGCGCUGCUGGAGUGGGUCAGCCAGGGUGUCGAGCGGAGCCGGUGCUUCCUGGAGGCGCUGCGGGAGCUGCAGGAGGAAUACGGUGCCGAACUCCAGCAAUGGCUGCAGGAGAAGUACCCGGAGAAAAAGAGACCGUGUCCUCCACUGCAACCAAACAGUCCCAACCGUCCGAAAUCCAACCACACAUUCCUGCAGAAAAUCCUACGGAAAAAAAACAAGAAGUAUGAGCCAACCCCAGAGCCACCAGGUGAGGAGCGCACUGGGAAUCUGAACUUCCGAAAGGCCCCGAGCGCCUCGCUGAAAGCUGUCCUGCAGCGCCACCGGGCCUCUCUGCUGCGGCACACCCAGCAGCUGUGCACCAACGCCUGUGACGCCCGCUCCUGCGCCCUCAUCGAGAUCCGCUACACCCCGCUGCUGCUGCUGGACCACCCCGGCCCCGCCGCCCCCCCCGGGCACGAGCACCUGGCCCUGGCUGCCCGCCGCACCCGCCUCCUCCCGCUCCACGCCCCCCGCCGGCUCCUCCUGCGCCACCUCCUGGCCCCGCUGCCCACUGAGACCCAGGGCCCCCGCCGGGUGGCCCUGAGCGGCGCCGCCGGCAUCGGCAAGAGUGUGACCAUGCAGAAGAUCCUGCACGACUGGGCGCUGGGCGCGGCUUUCCAGGGCCCCCUCUGCGCCUUGGAUUUCUCCUGCCGGGAGCUCAGCAUGAUGUCCAGCCCUGUCACCCUGGAGGGGCUGAUCUGCACCAAGCGUCCCCACCUGCAGGAGGUGCUGCCCGAGCUGCUGGCGCGGCCCGGGGACCUCCUCAUCCUCGUGGACGGCUUGGAUGAAUUCCGGCACCCGUUGGACGGCGGAACUCCCUGCCACUGGCCCGGCCAGCCGGCCCACGUCAAGGAGCUGCUGCGCGGCCUCAUCGACGGGACCCUGCUGCCUGGGGCGGCCGUCGUGGUGACGUCUCGGCCGUGCCCGGCCCUCUCCAGCAUUCCCUUUGAUCGCCACAUGCUGAUCCUCGGCUUUGACGAGGACCAGGUGGAGGACUACUUCCGCCGGUUCUUCCGGGAUGCCGAGCGAGCCGCUGCUGUGCAGGGCUACAUCUCCGGCCAUCAAGGCUUAGCCGGGCUUUGCUUCAUCCCCCUCUACUGCUUCAUCUUAUGCACCGCCCUGGGGGAGUUCUUCCCCGCCGGCAGGGCAGCUGACCCAUCUCCGCCCACCACCAUCACCGAGGUCUAUCGCUGCUAUAUGGCCACCAUCCUGGGAACCGGCUGGUCUCCGGAGCCGGGCUCCAGGCAGCUAGUCCUGCGCCUAGGGCGCCUGGCAUACGCCGCCCUCUUGGCUGACAAGAUCCUCUUCACCCCAGCUGAGCUGCAGGAAUUCGGAUUCGACCCCCAAGACCUUCCGGGCACUUUCUUCAACCCCAUCUUCUCCAGAGAAGACCACCAGGUCUAUUGCUUCUUCCAUCUGACGGUGCAGGAGUUCCUGGCUGCACUCUACUGCGUGGCUGCCCUGGAUCCUGGCGCUGAGGACCUCACGCCCUGCCUGGAUCUCUGGUGGGAGGGAUCGGCCGGGCAGGACGGGGACCCAGAGCCCUCCUGGACAUCACCAGGUGAAUCCAGUCUCCUCCACUCCACCAGGCAGCUCCUGAGGGGCCACCAGCCCCGGUGGGACAAUCUCCAGAUGUUCGCCAGGUUCUUCAUGGGGCUGUUGACCUCCAGGAUGGAGGGGAAGCUGGAAGGGUUGGCCGCAGGCUUCUCCGGAGACGUGCUGGGGCCCGUGGCGGACUGGCUGGGGAGGAAGCUCAGAGGAGACACCGAGAGGCGCCUCCUCUCGCUCCUGCAUUGCGUGGCUGAGCUGCGCCAGGAGGGGGUGACGGGCCGGGUGGCCUGUGAGCUGGAGGACGUCAACCUCUUCAAGGUGACCCUCAAUCCAGCCGACUGCGCCGCCCUGGCCUACGUGCUGGGGGCCUCCGAGCCUGGGCGGGUGAAGAACCUCAACCUGAGCUACAGCAACAUGGGCGUGGCCGGGCUGCGCAGGAUCCGGGGGCUGCUGCACCGCUGCGAGACGCUGCAGCUGCGCUACAAUUCUCUGGACAAGGAGGCGGCCGUCAUAGAGGCCGAGGUGCUGAGAUCCCCCCAAUGCCAAGUGAAAAGGCUGCUCCUGUGCGGGAACUGCCUGGGCUCGGAGGGGGCGAGGGGGCUGUGGGAGGCCCUGCGGGAGAACUGCACCCUGGAGGAGCUGUACCUGGACAUCACCGGGAUCACCGACAGCGGCUUGGACAACAUGCUGCCCUGCCUCCUGGCCAACAGCACCCUCCGGCUCCUGACCAUCGUGGGGAACCGGCUGAGCGAGGUCGGGCAGCGGAUCCUGUCGGAGCUGAGCCGUCGCAAGCCAGGCCUGAAGGUGAUCAGCACAUUCGAGACCGACAUGGGCCUGCUCCAGGCCUACCUGGACUGGGUGGAAGAGAUCAAGGCCGACCCCGACCAGAUGGACGCUGUGAAGAAUGCCGAUGCCCUGCGCUGCAUCGUCUCCGUCCUCCGGGACUUGGACGAAUCCAGGACCAGCCCUGAGGCCCGGGCCAGAAUCCGAGAGCUGAGGCGAGAGAUCAGCGCUCUCCUGGGGGAGAAGGAGUGAAAGGUGCUAGGAGCUGCACGUCUCGCUGCUAGGCUCCUUCCUGCCACUAGGGGGAGACACCCACUGAAAUCCCCCAUGAUGCCAUCUAGGUGAAGCUGUAGGGUAACUUAGGUGUUUAUGAGAGCUGGAAACAGGACAUGGGGCCUUUCCCCUGUAGGGGGCGCCGGCACCCAUCCAGGCCCAGACUGGGGGACUGGCUGGCUCGGGUGGGUGGGAAAUGAGACCUUUCCCCUCUAGGGGCCACUGGCAUCGAUCCAGCCCCUCGGUGGGGUGCUGGCUGGCUCAGGGGCCAGGGAAUGGGACACGGCCUUUCCCAGCUAGGAUGCGCCGGCUCCCAUCCCGCCCCAGAUCCGAAUGGCUGUGUAAUGAUGGUGAGGUUCUCAGCUCCGUUCCCAGUAGGGCGGGCACCCCUGUCACCCUCUCCACCCCAUGGACAUUAAGCAGCCCCAUUGCCGCUAUGGAGUCUGAACCCCCUCCUCCCUCAUCAGCAGGGCAUGGAGAUAAACUGGCAGAGGGAUGUGAGGCAGGGCGGGCAGGAGGGGGGAUGGUCUGCCUGGGAAUUUCACAGCAAGAGCUGGGACAGAACCCAGCUGCCAGUGCCUGGGAGUUAUGGAGAAUCCUCAUUGUGAACACUAUAGGGGACAUGACACACACUAGAACAUAUUUACUUCCCUGCCACAGGGGGUAGUGGUGAGUGUAUCAUGAGAUACACACUCCUCUGCUCAUUUCAGUAUAAACUGGCUCCAGGAUGGGAAUGUUUUCAUAUAAAUCCCCCUAAAAAAAGGGAGUAUUGGUAAAUAUUGGUAAUGAAUAAAUUUGUGUUACUAGUCA